GCCUGAAAGUGGACAUUAGACAAGACUCAGAUACACUGACGGACAGAGACCCAAAGCCCUGAUUCAGCCUCCUACAUCCAGCCUCCACCAUUCAGUCAUUCUCUCAGACCGAACAAGCCGGGAGUCGAGAAUGUCGCGAGGCAGUUUUGUCUUCAGCCCCACGGCCCUGCGCUCCCUCCAGCUAGACGAGGACAUGCUGGAGAGGCACCGGUACAGGAAGCAGUUGGCCACACAUCAGUUGAACGGAUACCUGCUGAAGAAGGAGGCCCGCGAGCGGGUCACCCGCACCCUGGUUACUGCCACGGCUCCGGCUGUGUGCCACGACCUGGUCAUCCAGAAUGCUCUGUAUACAGGGGACAAGGAAGCUGUGCAGCGCGUAUUCCCUAAAGGAGCCAGAACCAACCUCAUCAUCGAACCACAAGGAGGGGAUAUGCGCUGGGUGGCCCGGGGGGGAGGGCUGUGGUCGUUGACCUACGAGCAGGAGCUGACCACCCCGCUGCACAUCACGGCCGGGCGGGGCUUCACCGAAUGCCUGCGGCACCUGCUGCUGAGAGGGGCCAGCGUGGACCUGUCCCCCGGGGGAAGCAGCGCCCUCCACGAGGCCUGUCACAGCUGCCAGCCCGAGUGUGUCAAGUUGCUGCUGUCCUACGGAGCCAACGCCAACGCGCUGAGCGAGGACGGGCUCCUGCCAUUGCACAUGUGCACCAGCCCCGAGUCCAUUGAGUGUGCCAAAUACCUCCUCCAGUUCGGUGCUGCUAUCAAUGGGCGGAGCCUAGAUGAGGAUGACACGCCCUUACACGUGGCGGCCAGGAACGGCCUGCUGGGACACACGGAGCUGUAUCUGCGCUACGGCGCGGCGCUGGAUAAGAAGAACGACGAGGGCAAGACGCCGCUGAACUCGGCGUGCUCUCACCCCCAGGAGCUGCAGGACCUGGAGCGUUACCUCCGGGUGUGCCGCCUGCUGCUGGAGGCCGGGGCCGACCUCCACGCCGUGGACCAGGACAAGCAGUCUCCACUCCACAUGGCCUGUAAGAUCGUCAACCCGGAGGUGGUGGACCUGCUGCUGGCCCGCGGCGCCUGCGUCAACGAAAUGGACUACGGGGGGCAAGCUCCCAUGCACAACAUCCUCAAGGUGGUGUGCUACAAGCUCUCCCACAAGCCAGAGAGGGUGGUGCGCUCGCUGCUCAAUCACGGAUCCAUACGGGUGUGGCCGGGAGCCUUGCCCAAGGUUUUAAAGUACUGUUGUGGCUCCCCACGUACCAUAGAGGCGCUCAUAAACGCAUACACCCGCAUCAAAGUGACAGAUGACUGGGUGGAGGCUGUUCCCCCUGAGGUUUUUAAGGAGCACCAGGAGUUCUAUGAGUCUUUGUUUUCCUUGUCAGAGAGCCCUCGCUCCCUUCAGCACCUGGCACGCUGGAAGCUGAGGAACUUCCUUGAUGGUCGUUUGACUGAGGUGGUCCCUAAACUAAACCUUCCCACCUUUCUCAACAACUACCUGCUUUUGGAGUCCAGGGACUAUGUCCACUGAGAAAGACACCCCAUGAUAAACUACAUCAGAGAUUAGCUCACUGCUUGUUUUGUACGGAACUGGUUAUUUUCACCUCUGUCUACCUGGAUGCUAAUUGUUUAAUUGAUUAGAGAGAUCGGGGCUAUUUUGAAGAUAACAGCGUUCAAUUUCAUGGAAGUUCAUUUUCAACAAAGAAAUGUAUAACCAAUUUGUACCACAGGGGGGUGCUGUGGUCUUAAAUUAAGUUAACUGGUACAAAUUACCAGUUAACUGCAUUUUCCCAGAUGAUUGAAUUUUGGGAUGCUUGUCAUUUUGUAUUUAUUAAGAAGAAAAACGCACCUUUAAUGCCAUCGUAACUUUUAUGUGCAUUAUGUGCAGGUGGUUCGGUUCAAUAGUAAUAGGCCAAACAGCCUAAACUAAAGCAAUUUUUAUAGUUUCCACUAUCUUGGUAAGAGACUUGGAAAGACGGAAAUCUUAUGCAAAACGUUUAAGACUAAACUUCUUAAAUAUCUAUUUGUAUCAUUAUAAAUUGAUUUACAUUUUCAAAAAGUUGUGUUUUCAUUUUCCAAUAGGCUUUGGAUGAAAAGACAACAAUAUUCCUGGAAAUUCCUUCCAUUUGGCACAAAUUUUUCCCAGCCUCCAUUCCUAUUGUUUUGAUUGAAUGUACUUUUUGGGGGCUCUUUAGUUUGAGUAGUAAUACACCUAUCAAUACAAUUGUAAAUAAUUGCAUUUAUAUAGUAUAUUGAUUGUCAAUGCGUUAAAUAAUUCUAUUAAAGAUCAAACGAGAA